AUGGGAGAAUUUCAGCAUGGAUUAUGCGGAUGUUUCGACAACUGCGGAGUUUGCAUUAUCACCUAUUUCAUACCUUGUUAUACAAUGGGUAAAACAGCAGAAGCCGUAGGAGAAGAUUGCUGCAUAUGCGCUCUUGCGUACAUGUUUACUGGAUGUAUUGCUGGUGGAAUCGUAAGAGGAAAAGUACGAGCAAUGAGGGGUAUAGAAGGAAGUGGAAUCGGGGACUUUUGCGUUCACUGUUGGUGUCCGCUAUGCGCCGUUAUUCAAGACCAUUUGGAGGUGGUUCCCUCUGGAAUGGGAGAAGAUAUGUCACGUGCAUAG